UGCCAAUUGACUGCCAACUGAAUUCACUCGCGCCGUCGUAGGAUCUAUUGAUCGAAAAUCCGUUCAAUGCAUUCCCAUCCCAAUCUUCGCAACCGGCUGUCCCUUCAUACAGAAAGCGUUACUUGGGUUAUAACAUCUCGUUGCUUGGCAUAUUCAGUCCUGGAAAUUGAACAAGCGACCGGUUGUGAGUGAGCAAAACUUUUCCCUGUGCUCAUAUUAUCGAGCAGAAAAUGGGCUACGACUAUCUUCUUGUGCAUCUCAAGUACACCAUACCGCCUGCAAUACUCUUGACACUAGUUACACGUCCACUCUUAACACUAUUAGAUGUAUAUAAAAUUAUCUUUUUAAUACUGGUUGCUCUGAUCUCAACUAUACCUUGGGAUUCGUACCUCAUCCGCGCUGGAAUAUGGACGUAUCCUGCUUCCGUGAUUCUUGGCCCCACGCUAUUUGAUAUCCCUGCUGAAGAAAUCUUUUUCUUUGUGAUUCAGACGUAUAGUACAAGUUUAUUGUAUAUUUUACUGAGCAAACCUGUAUUCUUUCCCGUGUAUCUUCCGGGCCGUCAAGAUAGAGAUCGGGAAAGAGGUAUCUUAUUACUUUCUUGGAGAACGCUAGGCCAAGUCGUUCUUGUCUGUACUUUCGCAGCGAGCUGCGGGUUGAUUUAUAGAGGAGGUCGUGGGACUUAUCUCGGUCUAAUAAUCGCGUGGGCUGUGCCUUUUCUUCUAUUACUUUGGUCUUUGGGAUACCAAUUCAUUCUUAGACUGUCUUUGUUAAAUACAUUGGUGCCUGUGCUUGUUCCCACAUUUUACCUCUGGAUCAUAGACACGAUAGAAUUAAAACGGGGUACAUGGGUGAUUGAGUCAGGAACAAAACUUGACCUCACUUUGUGGACGGGUCUCGAGAUUGAGGAAGCCACUUUCUUCUUGAUAACGAAUACGAUGAUUGUUUUUGGCCUCAUUGCAUUCGACACCGCAGAAACUAUCUUGGAAACCUUCCCUUCAUUAUUUCCUAAUGUCGGAAAAGUCCCUUCUCCGACAGAAUUGGUAAAGGCGUUAACUACGCCCACGUCUGUAUAUGAUCAGAGCCGCAUAAAUGGUCUACUGGCUGCAUCCAGAGUCCUCAAAAAGCAUAGCCGAAGCUUUCAUAUUGCCAGUUGCGUUUUCCCUGGGAGACUGCGGAUAGACCUUAUCAUCUUGUAUGCGAUCUGUCGAAUCGCAGACGAUUUGAUUGAUAGCGCUGCGUCGCAUGCAGAGGCCGAGCACUGGAUCUCCAGCCUCAAGUUGUACUUUGAACUAUCCUUUAACAAUGAGCCUUCUUCAAAGGCUGCUCUCAAGGAUUUCGUCUCAUCAACGUUUCCGGCGCCAGUCCAGUCCACAUUGUUGCUACUUCCGAGGGAUGUUCUCUCCGAACUUCCAUUUUACGAAUUGUUACACGGCUUUGAGAUUGACAGCAGUUUCUCAAAAGGCAGGGGCAGCUGGCCAAUUCGCACUGAUGCUGAACUUGACGUUUACGCACAAUGUGUGGCUGGUUCAGUCGGUGAACUAUGUUUACAGCUUGUGUUUUCCCAUAGCACAUUUCAUGGGUCAGAAAAGGACAAAAGUCGCUUGAUUGAGGCGGGCAGAAAGAUGGGCACAGCACUUCAAUUUAUUAACAUCGCGCGAGACAUUCGAACAGAUGCUUAUAUUGGCCGUGUGUACAUUCCUACAAGCUGGCUGAAAGAGGCUCAAUUGCGCCCUUUCGACGUGUUGGAGAACCCUGAUCAUGCUUGCAUGAAGAUAUUGAGGAGAAAGCUUAUAAUGGAGGGGCUAGAAAGAUAUUACGAGUCCCGGCAUGCUAUUGAAGAGCUUCCUGCUGAAACCAGGGGCCCAGUCCGAGUUGCGGUUGAAAGCUAUGUGGAGAUAGGCCGCGUGCUUCUUGAGAGUGAUGGCAAAUUACGAGCAGGCAAAGCAACCGUGCCUUUCUUGCGAAGACUGAAGGUUGUCUGUCGUUCUCUAGUAUGGAGCUGAGGUUGAACCGAAUAAAUACUGUUUUGUGUGCAAGCCACUUUUCUCUUUCAAUUAGAUGAUCACUUUCAGGUGGGUUUAGAGUAGUGCAUCCGCAAGACGAGAAGCAUUCCACAGCCAGCGCCGCAUAUAGCGCGGAUUUAAGGAUUUGAUGCGAAUUAGGCAAAAACAUUAGCGAUCAUAUCCCG